AUGGAAUCACUCAGCCGGAUCCUUUUCCUCAUCUUCCUCCUCGCCAGGCUGAGGUCCAAGGCCGCUCCCUCAGCCCCUCCUUUAGGCUCUGGGUUUCCAGACGUGGCCCACCCCUCUGAGGCCUUCCCUCGCACUUCUGAAAAUUCCACACGAGAUCGCCUUAACCCAGAAUUCCCUGGGACUGCUUACCCUGAGCCUUCCAAACCACCUCAUAUAGUUUCCCUUGAAACCUCCCCACUUGACUUCAGCGAGACCCCCAGCCCUGACCUCCAAGAAACCCCACACCCAGAGUCUCCUGAGACCCCCAAAGCUGACUCACUCGCAACCUCAAUAACAGAAUCUCUGGACAUCCCAAAAACUAAUCUCUCUAAAAUGACACACCCAGAGUCUUCUGAGACCCCUACACCCGAUCCAACUGAAAUUCCACACCCAGGAUCCCUUGAGACCCCAAAACCUAUCUCCUCCAAAACUUCAGGCCCAGAAUUUCCCGAGACCCCAAACACUGCCAUUAUGCAAACUAUACACCAAGAAUCCCCAGGGAGUCCCCAACUUACUGCCACUGAAAGUUCGUAUGCAGAAAUCCCUGAGACCCCAAACACUGCCCCUACCAAGACCCCUGACCCCAAAUCCCCAGAAAACCAUGACCUCAACUCCACUGAGACCCCAAACUCUGAAUUUCUCCAGGCCCUCCAUCCUGACCCUUCUAAAACCCUCCACUCAGAAUCCCAUGUGACCCACAAUCCCAGCCCCACUGAAAUUUCCCAAAGAGAAUUCCCCAAAACCUACUAUCAAAAUGCAACAGAUGUCCCCAGGACUUCCGACCCUCAAAUCUCCACUAGUCUUUACCCAGAGACACCUGCACCUUUCAAGGAUGAAGCCACUGCCCUACAUGAGCUGUCCCUGAAUCCCAAACCAGAAACCGCUGCAGCUAUCCAGCCCGACCCCCAGAAACUGCCCACUUCAGAUUUUCCAGGAAUGGUUGAGCAGAAGGCUCCCCAGAACUCUGGCCCUAAGGGGUCCAGCGCCCCUCCUCCCUCAGCCCGGAUUGCAGGUCCCCCUGCUCUUCCAGGGGCCCCAAAUCAGUUGGCCCCUGCCACUCUGCGGGCACCCCAGAGGCACAGCCGAGGUGAGGGAGUCAACACGAUCAUCGUGGUGGAGCGAGUGAAGGAGACCGGCGUGACUCUGGUGGGGCGACCACGUGGCGCAGCAGGCGGGGCCCUCUGCCUGUUCUUCGCGGGGACCGCGCUGCUGAUCGGCAUCUUUGUGCUGCUCUGGUGUCUCUACCGCCAGGCAGCUCGACACCGGCCCUUCGCACACCACCGGCUUCCGGACCACGGAGAUGAACCGGUUCUGCAUUUGGACGCCCCGAAAGACCCCUACGACCUCUACUUUUAUGCGCCGGAUGCCUGGGUCCCUUCCCACAUUGCCACCAAGCAGCCCCCACCCACACCUCCGCUGCCACCCAAGCUGCCCCCGCCGCCCCGCGGGGGCCGCCCGCAGCGCCUGGAGGCCCUUUCCCCUGCCACACUCCCCAACAACUUCGCGUGAGCCCCACCGAGUCCUGCCGGCCUGCACAUCCCCACAGUGAGGGAAAACCCUACUCCCGGCGUGCCUAGUUACAGAGUAGUCCUCCCGGAUAGAGGGUCUAAGAUACAAAGGUGCUUGCGUUGUGGUCAGAGAACAAGGUCUGAGACCGAAUAAAUAUCAUGUUCCC